AUGUCGCGAAAAUAUCUUGCCACUGGUGAGUCACUGAGAUCAUUAUCAUUUGCUUUUCGUAUCAGUCACAACUAUUUAAGCACAAUAAUAAAAAGCACACUAGCUGAAUUGAGAAUUAAAUUGGUACCCAUUUUUUUGCCCGAUUCAAAAAAUAUAGAUUUUACACAAAAAUCAGCAGAAUUUUCGUACAAGUGGAAUUUCUCAAAUUGCAUUUUGACAAUUGAUGGGAAGCAUGUCCUCAUACGAAGUCCUAGUAAUUUUGGGUCUUUAUUUCAUAAUUAUAAAGAUUUUUAUUCGAUUGUACUUAUGGCAAUGGUGGACGCGAAUUAUAAAUUUAUUGUUGUUGACAUUGGUUCCUUCGGAAAAGAAGGCGAUAGUGGUAUUUUCUUAAAUUCAAAUAUGGGACAGAAAAUUUUAAAUGGGACAUUUGGAUUUCCAGAACAAUGUCAACUUCCGGGAUCAGAUAAGGUAGCACCUUAUGUAAUCAGUCAGUGA